AUGUCGGUGAUCUUGAGGAAGGCGAAUUUGUUGACGCCAAUCUGCCCUUCUUGCUUGGAGUUGCUGGCUCUUCUAUCUGCUCGAAUUCCAGGUGGUUCAACAGCUGAAGACAGAGAAACGAAUAAGAAAGCGGGUACCAGUAAUUCACUAGAUGCAGAAGAUUCCAUAGAAAUGCCGAUAAUUACACCUCUAAAAGAGCUCAACAUUGAUACGGAUUUGUCCAUUUCUCGUGCUUGUAUUGAACUUAUGCCUUUGUGCAAACGUCUUAUGGAACUCGGCUCGGAUCUGGUAUUCUCAUGUGCUGACCUUGUUUCGGGUAUGGUGAGUACCCUUGACGAAGAAUGGCGACGGCGUCAGCUUAUUGGUCAGAUUAUGAUAGAAGAGAUCAUUAUUAUGGCACGUUCUGUAAUGAACGGACCAUCGGAACAUGCCGUUCGUGUACUUGCAACAAGAAUCCAUUUUGCAUGUCUUCUUUUUGAUCAUGUUGCAGACGAAUAUCUGGAGGCCAUUGGCACACAUCCUAUGGUGUCGACAAUGCUUUUACUGCUGGGUUUUGUCUAUGACAAUUUCGAUGUUGAUUACAUGCAGAAUGGUUUGCUCUCCCCUGUUGUUUUAUGGCUCGAUCUUUAUGACAAGGGAAUGCGAGCUAUCAAAAGAAGAAAUAUUCUCAAGGCGGCCUCUCCCCAGCUAAAAUGGUCUUACCAUGCUGAGGAAGAACGCAUUGGAACGGGAAGAAGUCAUAAAAAGUGGCAGCCGUACUCACCAGUAAAUCAGCUGCAACUAAAUAAAGCUUUCUUUUCGGGAAAGACAAAUUGUGUACUCAAAAUACCAAGGAAGGAAAAAGAUUUUACCGUGGAUUUUUCGUUAAUGAGACAGAGAGAUGGGUUGGCUUGCAAUCAGGCUGUCUUUGCUGAACUUCCAGAUGGUGCCGAGAUUGACAUUGAAACUCUGAAGAAAUCGGAAAGGGAGUCUGUGUGGACCACAGCAGAAACAUCAAGGUUACUUGUGAUGGUAGUUAGUCUUCUUCAUAAGUCGCUGAUACACCAUACUGCUGCUCAUACGAUUCUUGCCUUUGUGGCGAGACUAACCAGGGACUCGAAUUGUGCUGUUAAUUUUAUCCAGCAAGGAGGAAUACCGGCGCUUCUAGGGCUGCGAUGUUCAACGACACCAUCUACAUCAGUCUUGAUAUCUUUGAUUAUCCGGCAGUGCAUUGAUGACGAGAAUAUGAUGGCUCAAGUGAGAUUUUUGUGUAAUUGGAGCAGCUGCAAGGCAUAGCU